AGCUGAAAUCCAGGAGACUGCAUGCUGAAGUAUAACAAGAGAGGAAACGAUAAAUCUCUGCUACUAUGCAAUAAAUUGCUCCUGCUUUAGCUAAGGAAGCAUUGAGAUUUAGAUAUAAUCUUUUUUUUUUUUUUAAAAAGAAAAGCUCACUAUUCUUUUCUGAACCUUCUUCCCUUUUUCCUUAUCUUUUUAUCCCCUAAAGAAAUCCUUAAAGACAAAGCAAACAUUAAAAAGAGGGAGGGGGAGGGAAAGGAAGGCAAAGGAGAGGAGAGGAGGUUUGGAUCAAGGUGUCAAGAGCAGGACCGAAGAGGGCUAGUAACAUGACCAUUUUUGUUUGGUUUGUGUUCCUUGCUUCUCUUCUGAAGCACAUCAACUGCACAAGUCCACGCCGGGCUCCAGAGUCCAAUGGACGAAGGUAUAAUCGGAUUCAGCACGGCCAGUGCACCUAUACGUUCAUACUUCCUGAACAGGAUGGAAACUGUCGUGAAAGCUCUUCUGACCAAUACAACACCAAUUCGCUGCAGAGGGAUGCCCCUCACAUGGAGACCGAUUUCUCCUCCCAGAAACUGCAGCGGCUGGAGCAUGUCAUGGAAAAUUACACUCAGUGGCUACAAAAGCUUGAGAACUACAUUGUGGAAAACAUGAAGUCAGAAAUGGCCCAGCUGCAGCAAAACGCUGUCCAAAACCACACAGCCACCAUGCUGGAAAUAGGAACCAGCCUUCUCAGCCAGACAGCAGAACAGACAAGAAAGCUCACAGAUGUUGAAACGCAAGUUCUUAAUCAAACAUCCCGGCUUGAAAUCCAACUGCUGGAAAAUUCCUUAUCUACUUACAAGCUGGAGAAACAAUUGCUCCAACAGACCCAUGAGAUCUUGAAAAUCCACGAGAAAAACAGUCUAUUGGAACACAAGAUUCUUGAAAUGGAAGAAAGGCAUAAAGAGGAACUAGAUACCUUAAAAGAGGAAAAAGGGAACCUGCAAGUUUUGGUGUCUCGUCAAAGCUACAUUAUCCAAGAACUUGAGAGGCAACUAAGUAAAGCAACAACCAAUAACAGCAUUAUGCAGAAGCAACAACUUGAACUCAUGGAUACAGUCCAUAGCCUGAUCAGCAUUUGUUCUAAAGAUGGAGUUUUGCUAAAGAAUGCAAAAAAGGAAGAAGAGAAGCCAUUCAGAGACUGCGCAGAUGCAUACCAAGCUGGUUUUAAUAAAAGCGGUGUCUACACAAUUUAUGUUACUAACAUAUCAGAACCUAAAAAGGUUUUUUGCAAUAUGGAGACUGCAGGAGGAGGCUGGACAGUAAUACAACACCGAGAAGAUGGGAGCCUAGAUUUCCAAAAGAGUUGGAAAGAAUACAAAAUGGGUUUUGGUAGUCCCUCUGGUGAAUAUUGGCUGGGAAAUGAAUUUAUCUUUGCAAUAACCACCAGUCAAAAGCAUUACUCUCUAAGAAUCGAACUAAUGGAUUGGGAAGGAAGCAGAGCAUAUUCACAAUAUGAUAGAUUUUACAUAGGAAAUGAAAAACAGAAUUACAGGCUGUAUCUCAAGGGUCAUUCUGGAACAGCAGGGAAACAAAGCAGUCUGAUAUUACAUGGUGCUGACUUUAGUACCAAAGAUGCUGACAAUGACAAUUGUAUGUGCAAAUGUGCUCUUAUGCUAACAGGUGGUUGGUGGUUUGAUGCCUGUGGCCCUUCCAAUCUCAAUGGGAUGUUUUAUUCAGCUGGACAGCACCAUGGAAAAAUAAAUGGGAUCAAAUGGCAUUACUUCAAAGGUCCAAGUUAUUCAUUACGUUCCACAACUAUGAUGAUCCGUCCCUUGGACUUUUAAAGAGACAAUAAGAUAGUGGCCAUCUGAAGGACACCUUAUGUAAUCUUUAGGAGCAGAAGGUGGAAACUCCUUGAAAAUACUGAAUUCCAACAUCCUAGCUGACUUCAGAUCUUAUUUCACUGGCUGCAGUAAACAAACACAAGUCACUGUCCAACCUGGGGACAGGUGAAACUGUGGAUUAUGAAUAAUAUAAAAUAGCUUUUGUGGCUAUUCAGUGGACAACUUUAAGGUUCGGUUGCCACAAAUAAACUGGUAUCUUUUAACCAAAGCCUCUUUUUGUUGUUGUUUUGCUUUGAUCAAGAGGAUUUUUUUAAAAAUAUAGGACAUGCAAACCAAGUGGCCUUUUGGAAAAAAAAACAGAAAUAGAAUCUAAUGCAGAAGAUGUUUGUCUGCUAGGAAAAUGGUAUCGACUCAAUGCAGAAGCACAACUGCUAUUUAUUUGUAGCCCCUUAAAAUGCAACUAUGGCCUUACAACCUGGCAUCAGAAAAUGUGAUGGAGAUGGAAAAGUUAUCUUUAAUAUCAGAGCAAUAUGCUAUAUAUGAGUUAUUUCUCAUUAAACCUAUUUCAGACAUGGAAUAUCCUUCAAAAAGACAACGAAUCAAGUUGGACAGAAAGAGCAAUAUGGCGAGAAUGGUCAAUUGACCUGUAUGGCUAGCCUAAAAUUUGGCAAUCCAGAUAAUUGGAUUCUUCCAAAUAUUUCAACUAUGUUUGAUAGCAUGAUAACAAAAAGAAUUAUGGAUUUUUCGUUCUGACUGCUACAGCUUUACUUUGCUUUAUAUGACAUUUCAGUAUGAAUGUCAUAUGAAAAACAAAGAAAAAGAAAAAGCACAGCUCUUUUUAAAAAAUGCAAGAUCAAGGUUAUUUGUACAUAGAUUUAUGACCUGGAUACACAAAUACAGAAAAUAUGCAAAUAUCAUAACCAUGUAUUAACUGGAUUUACUUUAUCAGUCUUGCUGGUUUGCAUGUAAAUGUUACUAGUAAAUUGCUAGGACUUUCACAUCUGUUAUUCAACCUUCAUUUGACAGAGCUCAGCAGAAAACUAUGAGUUAUUUCCUAUCCUUUUUUACACCUUUGGACAGUGGAUUGGAAAUCAAGGAAUACAAGAGAAGAAAGAGAUUGCAGAUAUGGAUUGCAAAUGCCCUGAAUGGAAAGCAGUUAUAAUUGAGUGGAUUAAUUUAAAUGGGAAAACAAGACAUUAUUUAAAAUGAAUAGGACUAAAAUGUAGUUCCCUAGAUCAUUAUCUAGAUGGUAGACUUAAUCCUGAAUUCAAAGAUUUCUAAGAUUGUGGGUUAUUGUUGUUUUCUACUUGUUUCCAAUACAUCCAUACCCAAAAUUCAAUGUGCAUUUUAAUGAGUGUUGAAACCUAGUUCAGAUAUUUGGCCAAGGUGAUAACGUCUUUCAUUGAUGUUUCAGCUUCCAAUGUACAUCUAACAUUAGACAA